GGGUCGCGGUUUUUCGUCCGUUUCGCAGCGAGCGAACGUAACAAACCGAAGUCCGACAGUCCGCAGUUCGUUCGUUGUCGUGGUAUCACGGAAUCUACUCGUGCCGUCUGGUAUCAACCGUUUGUUGUUGUUAUUAUUGUUAUUAUUAUUUUCGCCGUUGUGUUAUUAUCACGUCGUCGGCGGAUUUAUAACAAUUAUUGCACUCCGUCGUACCGCGUGCGUUCGUCCGUCCCCGGUCCGAACCGAAUCGUCUUGUUCUGCUGCGUGUCGCGCGUUAUCGGUCGUUCGACGUCGACUUUGUCCGUACGCCCGCAGUGUUCGCCCGGACCGUCGUUUUAUAGAUGCGGUCGUCGUACUGUACGCCGACAACAUCCGUCCGAACGGCCGUAAUCGCGGCGGCAUCAAUGGCACAGACAUCGGCCGCACCGGCAGCAGCGACGACCUCCGCGUUCCUCCGGCGGGACAUGACGUGCGUCCUGACCGUCAGCUGAAACUCGUUUCACACGUGAAACACCCGCUGGUGUAAACGCUCUCGACCGCGGUCGAUACAACAGCGCAGGAAAAAAUAAAAACAAAAACAAAAACUAAUAACAACAAAUCGUUCAGUGUGGCAGUGUGUCGCGCGCGCGCUCGUAAUUACCCCAGUUUUCGCGUUUCGCGCGCCGCCGUCCCGUGCGAAGUGAAAGUGGACUGCCCCCGGAAGUCGAGUAAAUCUCGCGACGGGCAUACGCGUACUCCGCGGCAGCGCGCGCCAUCAACGGUCGAGCGCGCCGACGAGAAUCGGUACUGUCCGGGCGGUCGGACGUUUCGCUUUUCGCCCGUCGACGACGUCCGUUCGGUGACCGAAACACGCCCGGUGAUGUCGAGUUUCGUUAAUUUUCCGCCAUCAUCGUGACGUUUUGUUCUCAGCCCGCCGCGCCAUGGGCCUCCUGUUUUCGAAAAUAUGGAGUUAUUUCGGAACCGAAGGUAAGUACCUGCACCCGGGCACCCGGGUAAUCUCUCUCCUCGGACCUCGACCGCCGUUUCGCCCGUACCCGGCGGCGUCCGCCAACUUUAUUAUGCCCCAGUUCACAAACGCUUAUUGUUUCGUAUUGUCGCAGAACACAAGAUCGUCAUCAUUGGACUCGACAAUGCGGGCAAGACGACCAUAUUGUAUCAAUUCCUAAUGAACGAGGUCGUGCACACUUCGCCGACCAUCGGUUCGAACGUCGAAGAGGUCGUAUGGAACAACAUACACUUCAUCAUGUGGGAUUUGGGAGGACAACAGUCCCUCAGAGCCGCUUGGUCCACCUACUAUUGCAACACGGAGGUAUGUACCCCCGUCCGUGAUCAUUCAAACGUCAAUUAUAAAUUGCGUGCUUACCCGUUCGUUAUCCGAUUUCCCAUCAUAACUAUUGAUAACGGCAUCCUAUUGUAUACGCGAUUAGGUAGGGUAAUCGUGUUUAAACAGGGCUGUUAUUGUCAAAUAUCAAGGAAUAUUAUAAUGUAGAUUUAGUUUCAAUAAUAUUGUCACGGAAGGUUGUCAACUAACAAUUCUUUCGUUACUGUUAUUUUCAUUUUAGGUAUCUAUAGUUUAUGUAUUUUUACGUUUCAGUUUGUAAUAGUAGUAAUCGAUUCGACAGACCGCAGUCGUCUAGACUUGAGUCGUGAAGAAUUGUACAAGGUUUUGAACAACGAAGAAUUGUCUUCAGCCGCUGUUCUUGUUUACGCCAAUAAACAAGACAUGAAAGGGGCGUUAACUGCUGCAGAGAUCAGUAAACAUUUAAACUUAACUUCCAUUAAGAAACAACAGUGGCAUAUUCAAGCUUGUUGUGCACUGACUGGUGAAGGGUAAGUGACCAUGCUUAAAUGUAGCGUAUUCUUUUUUUUUUUUUUUACCAGUAUAUUGUAAAGCUAUUCGAUACUAGCUGUGUUUUCCAUCAAAGUAUACCUGUAUUUUGCCAAUUGUAUCUACUGUCCUAGUAUUUUGAUUAAAUUUCUAAAAUCAUUCUUGAAUAUGCAUGAAAUUUACUUGAAUAUGGCUUUUCCAUUUUUUUUUUUUUCUGUAAUUGAACUCUCAACCUUUCAACAUAUCAUUUUUUAGAAUUUUAAUAUUGAAAAAAUGAAAUAAAGUUAAUUUCAAAAUAUAUUUCUUCAUUAAAACUUUUUGAAUUCAAAUGUGAUUUCAGAAAUUUCUUCUAAUAACUACAAUUGUCUGAAUAGUUGGCAAAAGAUUGAUACUUGUAGAUAGAAAAAAAAAAAACCUCUUCCCAUUCAUUAGGUAUUGGAUAGUACAUUAGUGGAAAAUAUGGUGGUCAUUAAAAUGUGAAAUCCUUUUUCUGAGUUUUACAAAAUUGUAGACAGUUUGGAAAUUCGGCACCAAUCCCUUUAAGUUAUGUCAAUCUACUUAGUGCAGUUAAUUUGUUUGAUUAAUAUUAUCCAUAUGUAUACACAGGAUAAUUUUUACAUUAUGAUCCAUAUAGAUUUUGAUUAAAAUUGAUUUUGGAUUUUUUCAUUAUAAAUCUGUUGAAUUAUAUAAAAAGUUUUUACAUUUUACCUUUAUUCUAAACACCAUAACCACACAAUCAUUUAUGAUUUUAAAAUAGCACUUCCCCUAUAUUUCCACAAAUCGGAAAAAAUAAUAUUUUACUAUUAAAAUUGAUACGCAUAUCACAAAUAUUGAAUAUACUGUUUAUGAGAUAAACAGUUUAAAAAUUAGAUCGGAGGAGUAGGGGAAGAUUAUAAUAUAAAAUUGCAAAGAAAAUAUAUUACCUUUUCCAACUCCUCCUAAAUUUUACAGUGUUAUAAUUCAUGAACAAACAAUAUUAAUGUUAUGCAGUUACACAUAACAACAUUUUUAGACAAAUAUUUUCUUUUAAAAUCUUGUUUGAAUAUUGGAGGGGGGGGAGGAUGGGGAUAGAACUUGAAUACCAAAAGUCGACGUGCUAUAGUGUACGGAUUCUUAUGGUGUCAAAUUUUGAAAAUAUUGUAAAUAAGUUCGUUAAGCAAGAGUAAAUGAUUCUAUAUAAUUGCUAAAAAAAUCCAAAAAUUAAUUUUAAUUGAAGUCUUUUUAAAUAAUUGCUGUUUCAUGGUAAAACAUUACUGUAUGUGUGCAUGUAUGUAUGUAUUAUAUAGAUCUAUAUAUAUUUAUAUAUAACUGCCAAGGUCCAAAAAAUAAAAGCAUAGAUAGUUCAAUUAGUUCUAAUAAGUUUUUUUUUUAUUUAUUUGAAUAAAAAAAAAAUAGAUAUUCAUGAUAAAAUUCAUCUUUCUUAAUUGAAAAAAAAUAUUUGUAUAAAAAUGAAUGAGUAUAUGAUUCCUUAGAUUAUUGAGGACUUCAAUUUUCAUCAUAUUCUGUUUUAUGCUAAACUAUAUUCUUUUUGAGAAAAAAAUGAUUUUUUUAUACAAGAUUUGUAUAAUAAAAAACACCUAUGCUGACAUCUUUGUAUUAACUUAUUAUACUUAUUAUACUAUAUUGAUACUCUAUAUUGAAUUAAAAACCAAAAUUAACGGGUAAAUUUAUUAUUUGUGAUGGAUUGUGGUGUAUACCUUUGAUUGUGUGAUCAUUUGUGGCACUACAGUCCAGCAUAAAAAUAAAAAUAUAUUUUACACCUUCGACCAAAUGUCACUAAAAUUAAUGCUUUACUUAUAUUUUAUGAUGCAGAUUGUAUCAAGGUCUAGAAUGGAUAUGCAGUCAAUUGAAGAACAAAUGACCUUCGUUGUUAUUGUAAAUUUAGAUAACUUAAACAAAUUCCUUUUGUAGAUCAUAAAAAUUGUACAAAAUAUAUUUAAUAAAGUAAGAAUAAAUUAUUGUAAUAUAUUUCAGCUGUAAAUAAUAUUUUUAAGUUGAAGAAAUUAAUCUAUAUAUAUAUAUAUAUAUUUCAUAAUAUGUUUUUAAUUUUAUUUAUAUUGAAUAUUUUGGUUAUUUCAGCAGUCCAAUUUCCUAAAUGUGUCAGAUCUUUAAUACAAUUUAAUUUAAAUUUAAAAUAAUGAAACUAAUCUUCAUAUUUUUUUAAAAAGUAAAACAUAAUAUUUUGUCAUGUUCUGUUAAUAACUUAAAAUGUAUUUUAAUUCUUGAUUUUACUUCUGAAUAAUAUAGAAAUUGUUAAUGCUGGUCUUUAAUGGGUAAAUAAUGAACUUUGAACAUUUCUAGAUUGAAUACAGUUGGAAGUUUUAUCUAAUAUUAGUCUAUUACUUAUUUAUUAUUAUUCAUAUAUUUAAUUUGUGUUACUUAAUGAAAAUAAUUCUAAACACCAGGUUUAGAGCCUGUAAAGCCUGUGGUUAAAAUACUAGUAAUAAUAGGUUAUAUAAAUCGAUAGUCAAAACCAGUGGUGGCUCGUAAAGUUUACACAAGAUGGUAUAUACAUAAUUUUAUAAGAUACUUAUACUCUAUUCAAAAUAAGAUAUGUAGACGGCGACUAGGCGUUUUCGUUGCUGACGGUUAGGCUACACCCGUUUUUCUUGCUUGGUUAACCACCUGUUGGUCGGUCAGUGACCAAAACGACAUACUACAUGUGAUGCUAGAGUACAUACAUAAUGCAUUGUAAGUUAUUUGUUCUAGUCAGUUGUCAACGAAAUGUGUUGCUCCUGCUGAUGUACCGCAAUGGUAGUGUUUAAAGCACACGCAUGUAGUAAAGCCACUUUUAUGCGCAGAACUUGGUCGCCAUCUGUUUCUUAUAUUGCAUGAAGUUAUGGUAAAAAAAAAUAAUUUUGUUAUUGAUUAUGUGCAUAGUCAAAAUAAUUUGUGUUGAUAUUUUUUAAUGAACAAUAUUUAUAAAACAGACUAUGUGAUUAACCAAAAUUCAAACUUUAGAAACCUAAUAAUUCAUUUAAGAUAUUUUUUAGAAAGUUCAUCUUCUCCCUAUGCACUGUAGUCCGAGACACCACUGGUAAAAAUACAUAUUAUUUUAUUGAGAGAAAAUGUAUAAUUGGUAAAACAGCUCUGUAAUUAUAAUUAAGAACAAAAUGUAUUUUAAUUAUUCUUAAAUAUUUUUUAAUUACUUUAUUAUUUAUUAAUUACUGAGGACUCAUGCGACUUGUGGGUAAACUAUUUUCUGAUAAGUUUUUGUGAGCUGGUUACUGUAACCUGGUUAGUAGAUUGUAUAGUAAAUUUUAUAACCGUUAAAAGAGGAUUGACAACACUUUUAUUAUUAUUAGCAUUAUUAAUAGCAUGGUGACAUAAUUAUUAAAGGUGUGCCCACAACCCUAAUCUUAGAAAUACCAACCAAUAAUUACUAUGGUGUUAAAUAUUCUUUACCAUAAUAAAACUACGCCUAUCUAUCUCUUUAUAAAUUAUGAAAAUAAUAAAUAUUGGAGGGUUAGGUUAGGGUCCGUAUUCAUAAAAUGUUUUCAACUGUCAUUAUUUAAAUUAUGGCUGUUAUUUUUAUAUUUAUAUUUAUUGAUUUACGCCUCAACGGACAGUUUUACAAAGAAAUUAGUGGGUAGAGAAUAGCUUAGGCGUUAGGUUUCUUAAAUGUUAAUCACUAACCAUAAUACUACGAGCACAAUGGUAGUUUAUAAUGGCAAUGCAAAAGAACCCUUAUUUUAAAUACUAGAACAUUUUUUACAUUUAAAAAUUAGGGGUUUUCGUUAGCCAAUCACAUCAUACUACGUAAGGGACUAAAGUUUGUAGAACGAGUAGGGACAAAAAAGGAAGCGUGAAAACACAAGAAGCGAGGAUGAACUCCGAAGUUUACCAGAGAAGAGGAGAGAAGGAGAGUUAAUGGAGCUAUCAAGUAGCUUGCUCAAGAUAAGAAUAUUAGCAGACAUUUUUCUGUCCGCUAGUGAAUCAAGGAAAAGGUAGCUAAGGACGUUAGUGUAUUCGUGGUUGGGUAUGCUUGAUGAAAAACAUAACCCCCAUAUGCAAAAAAAACGACAAUGUAUUCUCUGGAUGUCACAAGACCCAGGAGCACUGUAGGGAUACCAAAGCACUGAAAAGAACUCUAAAAUAGAGCUAAUAAGGAAAAUUAUAAUAGGAAAAAGGUGUAGGUGAGCGGGCACUUUUAAAAGAACAAGAAGCGAGAACAGAGUCGAAAUAAGACGAGAAAAAAUUCGCAGUUGUCUGUGGGUACUGGGCAAGAACUAGAUAGCCCGUUUAAAUUUACAGAACUGAGGACAUCAGCCAAAUUUAAGUUUCCGCACAAUUUUGUUCCUUGAUCCAUGUUGUCGUUGACGA